UCUUUUUUGUUUUUUUUUUUUCUUUACUGUUGCGUCCGAACAAUAAGUACGAAAUUCGCUGAAGUGGUCACGACGAAAACAACCUAUCCCUUUACCCAAUCGCAUGAGAGGAAAAGGAAAGGGGUGCAUACAAACAGGUUUUAUUCAAUUAAUAAUAAAUAAAUUAAAUUUACAAAGUCACAAAAGCAACCCAACUCAACAUUUGGUUGUUCGCUUCACGCGAAGAAACCUUCAUAUGCCAGUUAGUGUCGUUUGAACCAUAAUCAAGUGAAGAAGAGUGUAUAAUAAGUGUUAAAAAUUUACGAUUGAAUAAAAGUUCUCGAACGAACUAACGUUAAGCAAAAAAAAAAAAAACAAAAAACAUCAAAAAGAAUGGCACCACGUAUUUGUGUGACCAUUUUGGUGAUCGCUGCGUUGUGUGCAAUAUUUUCACCCUUGAGUGAAGGCAGAAAAACCGUGGGAGGGGGAGGUCGCAAAUCUGGUGGUGGAGGUCAUUCAACACGCAGACAACCAGAUACCCAUAGUGUUACGAAGCCAACAUAUAAUACCAACAGUGGUAAUUCCCAUGCAGACCAGGCCAAAUUGAGCUACCCCAAUUACAAUUCGCAACCCAAUCGUCCAGCUACCAAUGGGGCGAGUAAUCCCUCGAAUACAAAUUCACAACCCAUAGGUUGGAAUGUAAAUCAACAACAAAGUCAUGCUGGACCACCACCAGCCUACUCGGCCAGCAAUGUUCCGGGAGGAGCGAAGACAAAUAUGCAUGAACCACCACCGGUAUAUCAGAAGCCAAAUUAUGGAGCUGCACCUCCACCCAACUAUAAUCAGGCCACUGGCACUCAUUAUGGACAUGCUUCAUAUCCCCAACAAGUUCCGGCUGGUGCUACCUAUCACAGUCCCAAUAAUCUACCACCAGGAGCUACCUUGUACAAUAGUCCCUCGCAUGUUCCCGGUGGUUAUCCCAUGGCAGGAGGUUAUCCCAUGGGCGGUGGUGGUUAUCAUGCCCCAGCUGGUGGUUAUUAUCCUGCAAAUUCAGUGCCUGCUGGUGCUAGCUAUUUCCCUGCGGGUGGAGCAUUGCCGCCAGGCGCUGUAAUGUAUUCGUCGCCACCACAGCAAUCAUCAUCUGGUUUAGGAUUUGGUUCUGGUAUAUUAGCAGGCGCUAUUGGAGGAGCAGUUUUGGGUCAUGCCCUAACACCCACACACACAAAGGUUAUUGAGCAAGCUCCUGCUGCUGGUAAUGCUGCUGGUGGGGGUGACCGUGUCAUCAUCAUCAAUAAUUCCGGACAACCCAUCAACGCAACCGAUGCCAAUGGAGCCACUAUCAUUAACACAGGGGGGGCCACACCAGCUCCCGGUGCUCCAGCUGCACCAGCCACAAGCAGUGAUAAUCCAGCAGGUGCUAUGGCUCCAGUGGCCCCUAUGGCUCCUUUAGCCCCCAUGGUGCCUAUGGCAGCUGAUAUGAAUGCUACCACUCCCAUGCCAGGAACAAUGCCGGAACAACAACAACCCCCAGCACCAGGUGGCAUUAUUUGUGUGCCCGUGCGCGUCAAUGCCACCGAUCCAGCUGAUGCCACAAAAAUGGUAGAAGUCGAACAGAUAGCCUGCUAUCCAGCACCGCCACCAGCAGCAGCACCAGAAGCCAUGGAUGCUAAUAAUCCUGCAGCACCACCAGCCAUGCCCAAUGCUGGCUCUUCAGCACCUUUGGCCCCCAUGCAAACUCCACCAGAGGGCUCACAACAAUUGCAACAAUCUCAACAAUCAACUUUGGUGGGUGAUCAAAGUGUUAAACCCGCAGGAUCCGCAGGCAAUCAGCAACAACAUCAUGAAGGCCUUUUGGGCUUAAUGAUGUGCUUUUUGGUCAGCUAUUUUGUAGCCUAUUAGAAGGGGAAGUUAGAAAAUAAAAAACAUUUUUUUCCUCACACAAACCUACUUCCUUAAUCGAAUCGAAUCAGUCUUAUAAAGAUGAUGACGGAUGAUAUUUCAAGAAUCUCGAACAAAAAUGUAGUCAAAUAUGCAAAAAAGCAAAACGAACAACAAAAAAAAGGAAUUAAUUAAAAUUUAAUAACAAUUUGUAAGUAACUGCACUCUAUUUUAUUACUCCAACAAUAAUAAAUAAUGAAAAUUCAUAGCAGACACUAGAGAUGUCUUAUCGCAAACAUACUACAUGGUAAUCUUGAAUAUUUAAUAGAAAUAAAUAAAAAAAGUAACCUUAAUGCAAAGAAAAUUAUACAUACCUCAAUGAGAAGUUUUAAUUGUUAUCGAUUUGUUUAAAUUAAUGUAUUAUUUAUAAACUAAAAAACAAAAACAAAAAACCACAACUUCAACUAAUAAAUGGCCCCUCCUUAGAGGUAGCUAUAGUUACAAAACCAAACCACCAUUGCAUUCCUUUAACCUUUUAACGUUUAACCUACUUUUAACAGUUUUUUUUUUUCGUUUCCAACUUUUGUUUAUUUAAAGCCACGAAGCAAUUCCAUUCCAACCCCCCUUAAACACCUACCUAUACCACUGAGUUGUGAUGACCUUUGUUUUGACCCCAAAAAUUUAUUGUCCUUAUUGUCAUACUAAAAAUAUUUUCUCAUUGGAAAAGAAAGCUAAAGAAAAGACAAGUACUAGAAACCAAACAAAACAUACAUAUACGCCCAUAACACUUGGCCUUAAACGUGAAACUGUAAUUAGGGAAUUUUUUUCAAAACUAUUUCCGUCUAAGUUGUAUUUUACAAGAUAUAUUUUUUACCAUCAUCUACAGAUAAGUUCUAUUGGCAGCUUAAUUUUAAAUCUAUAAAUGUAUUUUUUUUUUUUGUUAUUUUUUAUCUUCACAUAAUUGUUGAAUUUUUCGCAAAACUCAUUUUUUUCUCACAAUAAAUUUUAAAAAUUCAAAAUCUCUCACUGAAAA